CAAUCCUUCACCAUAGUAGGUAAUAAAUCUGCGUUUUGUCGGUCUCCUCUCGAUAAAGAUGGCCACUAGUCCCAAAAGACCGUCACUGGGAGCAGUAGCCCCUCGUAAAAAAGCAAACCCAAAGCCUGAACUGACAGAGGAGCAAAAACAGGAGAUCCGAGAGGCAUUUGAGCUCUUUGACACUGAUGGCUCUGGUUACAUUGAAGUAAAGGAGUUAAAGGUGGCCAUGCGAGCAUUAGGCUUUGAGCCUAAAAAGGAGGAAAUCAGGAAGAUGAUUGCAGAGGUGGAUAAAGAUGCUACUGGCAAGAUCUCUUUCAAUGAUUUUCUGAUGGUUAUGACUCAAAAAAUGGCUGAAAAGGACUCUAAGGAAGAAAUUCUUAAAGCAUUUCGGCUGUUUGACGAUGAUGAAACAGGAAAAAUAUCUUUCCGUAAUCUAAAGAGAGUGGCCAAAGAACUGGGGGAGAAUCUCACAGAUGAAGAGCUACAGGAAAUGAUUGAUGAAGCAGACAGAGAUGGUGAUGGGGAAGUUAACCAGCAAGAAUUUCUUCGCAUCAUGAAGAAAACAAGUUUGUACUGAAUGCCACCAUAAGCACAGGAAAUCUUAAUUGCUAUGUAAACAUCUUAAAGAUUUUUAUGAUUUCAUAGUUUUAUGCACAGUACCAUUCCAAAACCUUGAUGCCUGUCAAACCCAGGGGUCAUUUCAGGUCCAUGGGGUUUGCCAAAUAGUUAAGACGUCAGCUGUUUACAAACUAUAUACUCAAAUUUUAGGAUUAAAUAUAAUCAGUAGCAUACAACAGAGUCAUAAAAAGAUGUAGUAUGUACUCAAAUAUAUAAAAGUAUUUUAUGAAAAAAUAUUACUAUAUCACCGAUUGAACUAUCCAGGGCCCUUUUAAAUGGUUAUUAUAUUUUAAGUUUACAAUUGCUUCUGUUGACUUUAGCAUCAGUGUUUUGUAUGCUUUAUAAUACUUCACUGCGCUUUCAGGGACAUCUGUACUGUACCCUUCUUCGUGCCUCAGCUUGUGAAGAGAUCUUGGUAGUUUUAGCGAAUAUUAUAUCAUCCUGUGGUUGUAAGUUUCCUAUUUGUACAUGUCUCCCUCAAAUUAGUUUCUGAUGUUUUGUACUGGAGUACAACUGAGAUGCUAUUUAAGUAUUAUUUACUGUAGAAUAAAAUAUAUCAAGCAACUGCUCUUGAGAUUAUUGGU